AUGGAGGGGGAGGUGGAAGCAAAGCUGUCUGUACAGUCGGCGAAGAAGCAGCAAAUUGCAAAGUUGCAUUUAAAUGAAAAAACUUUUCGCUGGAUGUUAAACGAAGACGCAAUGGCCACGGAGAAGCUGGCGGAGGGCAUUCGAAACUUUGCUGCAGACAUGAACAAGUUGAAGGACCUCAUUAGGCAGCAGCUGCAGUGA